AUGUCCCUGGUGGUGCUCAGCUGCCACUCCAUCUGCUCUCUGGGAUGUGAGCUGCCUCACACCCACAGCCUGGGCAACACGAGGGUCUUGAUGCUCCUGGAACAAAUGAGGAGAAGGCUCCCCUUCUCCUGCCUGAAGGACAGAAAUGACUUUGGAUUCCCCCAGGAGGUGUUUGAUGGCAGCCAGUUCCAGAAGGCUCAAGCCAUCUCUGUGGUCCAUGAGAUGAUCCAGCAGAUCUUCCACCUCUUCAGCACAGAGGGCUCGUCUGCUGCCUGGGAUGAGACCCUCCUGGACAAUCUCUUCACUGGACUCCAUCAGCAGCUGGAAGACCUGGACACCUGUUUGGUGCAGGAGACGGGAGAGGAAGAAUCUGCCCUGGGAACUGGGGGCCCUACACUGGCCGUGAAGAGAUACUUCCGGGGACUCCAUCUCUACCUGAAAGAGAAGAAAUACAGUGACUGUGCCUGGGAGAUUGUCAGAAUGGAAAUCAUGAGAUCUUUCUCUUCACUGACAAACAUGCAAGAAAGAUUAAGAAUGGGGUCAGCUUGA